GCGCAAACUCCAUUCAUCCCAACCUGACCGAUUAAGGAUGAUGGCCAGAAGAGCUGUUGUUUCUGCAAUUGAUCUCAUUCAUCGAAGAGGAUUUCUCAAUCGAUGGUCGCAGCAUCAAUCGGGUAUUCUCUCUCCUCUGUUCUCUCUCUUCUCUUCCGAGGCUUUUCAACCUAAGCGGUCUAGAAUCGAUUUCAGUUGUGUUAAAGAAGUAGACGAUGUUAUUCAAUUGUUUCAAAAAAUAAAGAGUAUGCGGCCAGAGCCUUCUGUUCACCUCUACAACAAACUCAUGAGUGUUAGUGCAAAGAUUGAGCAGUAUUAUUUUGCCCUUGAUGUGUUCGAUGAAAUGCUUGGGAUGGGUGUCCCGGUUAAUAAUUACACAAGGAAUAUUGCUGUCAACUGUUGUUGUCUCUUGAAAGAUAUAUACUCUGCUUUUUCUAUAAUGGGAUUCUUUCUCAAGAGAGGUCACGAACCAGAUGUCGUGACUUUCGGCACUCUCAUAAAAGGGUUAUUCUUAGUUAAUAAGGAGGCUGAAGCCGUGAAACUGUUCGAAAAGAUUUUGGAUUUAAAACUUUGCGAGCCCAGUGAUGUUAUGAUUCUGCACGUGAUUGAUGGGCUGUGCAAAACUGGACAGGCCAUUGAAGCCCAUGAUUGGCUUCAUAGAUUAGAAAGUAGUGGGUGGAGUCCCAACGUUUACACUUAUAGUUCCAUGAUUAAUGCAUACUGUAAGGAAGAAAAGAUGGAAGCGGCUGAAAAUAUGUUGGAAAUAAUGAUGCAACAAAAUAUUUGUCCGAAUGUCUUCACUUAUUCUUCGCUUAUUGAAGGGCUCUGCCUAAAGGGUGAAAUCGGAAGAGCGAAACAGUUACUUGAUUCCAUCGUAGAGAGGGGCCUUAAACCCAGUAUUGUUAACUACAACACCUUGUUAAAUGGAUAUUGCAAGAAGGGAAGCGUGGAUGAAGCUUGGCUUAUUUUUCUUGAAAUUCCCGAUAAAGGUCUCGAGCAUGAUGUGCACACUUAUAAUACCAUGAUACAUGGAUUAUUCAGAAAUGAUAGAUUUGCUGAGGGCUGGAAGCUUUUCGAGGUUAUGAAAGCUCAAGAAAUACAUCCCAACGUGCAUAUUUAUAAUACAUUAGUGGAUGGGUUGUCGAAGCGUGGGAAGGUUGAUGAAGCUCUGCAGCUGCUGUCCGAGAUGGUGGAGAAGGGCAUAUCGCCUAAUGUUGUCACAUGCAGCAUAUUGAUAGAUGGAUAUUGCUUGCAUGGCGAGAUGGUUAGAGCUAGAGAGCUCUUCUAUUCUAUGGCAGAGACGGGGAUCAAUCACAAUAUAUUCACCUAUUGUAUCUUGAUUAAGGGAUACUGCAAGGCGGGAAACCUUGAUGAAGCGUGGCGUUUCUUCGAUGAAAUUUCGCGCGUAGGUCUCAAACACUCGACUUUAUCAUACACCACGAUGAUGCAUGGGCUAAUACGCCUAAGUAGUUUUUCAGAUGGGUGGAAGCUUUUCCAAGAAAUGGAAGCUCAUAAUAUACAUCCGGAUCCCCACACCUACACCAUUUUGUUGGAUGGCUUUUGUAGGAUCCAUCGGAUUAGUGAGGCGUUGGCAUUUUUGAGGGUGAUGGAGGCGAAAGGCGUGAAUCCUAAUAUCGUAACGUAUGGUGUUCUGAUCAAUGGCUUGUGCAAGGGCCAAAGACUUGAUGAAGCUAUAAGGCUCUUCAACCAUCUCCCUUCCAAUGGCUUAAAUCCGAACGUACAAAUCUACAACAUGAUGCUCGACUCCCUCUACAAUGAAGGGCGAGAAGGGGAGGCUAGGAGGUUGAUGGAGGAGAUGGAGAGGAGCAGCUGCACGCCUAAUGGUGUGACGUUCAAUAUUAUUGUGUGGAAUCUGGUGAAGAGAAAAAAGGUGCAUGAGGCGAUUCCUUUCUUGGAGGAGAUGUACAGGAGAGAAUUCGUGGUUAAUUCCGAUAUCAUUUAUGCUUUGCAUGAUGAACUAAGAAUUGGAGAAGGUAAAGAUGAGAAAUUGCAAGAGAUUGUUAAGAAAGUUUGUGCUCAAAAUUGAGAGAGGUUUCAAUCUACUCUCAGCUUUUCUUUUAUCUCUAACGCUUGGAUUAUUCAAGGGCUGUGCGAUGUUGGUAUAUUACAAGUGUCUGAAUUUUUUACAGGGAAGCUGAGACUGCGAAGAAGCCUUUGUGUAAACUGGAUUCAUCUACACAUCCAACUAGGGAAAUGCUGAGGCAGUUUGUCGCACAAAUUUCCACAAUGAGUGCUGCAGAGAAUGGAUAGAUACAGCCGAGGAGCUCAGUUUGCCGAUACCAAUGAGUCACGACACGGCUGGUCUGCGGCUGUGUACUUUAAUUUCUCAUAAGACUGUUUGGCCUUCCAAUUGCAUUUACACAUUUAUUGAAUCAUUAUUUCCCCUAUUGAUAUCUCACGCUCAUCAAAUUGAUGAUCUCUUUCAAGCUGAUGACUAAUCAUCAUUAUAAAAUGAUGGCUUGAUAUGAUUUGUGGUUACUGUUUGCUAAUUGAAGAGUUAAAUCUGCACACGCAUGAAUGUGUUAUCUGAUAAAAUUUAGCUCAAGUGAACCCCUGUCUUGACUGUGUAUCCUCUCACGAGGCUCCACCACCGGUCCACCGCGACGACGUAGCUGCCGAAGCUUCUGUUGGACCAUAAUACAGUGUUUGUGAUGUUGAUACUGUUGACUGUUGAGUUUGUCUCUUCUAUAAAAUACUUUGCAGCCUUUACUUUUAACACUUGGACUCAUGUCUCCUUUGUGAUUAAGCAAGUGAAGAAUUCUUUUUGCGUAUUGGUAUUGCUUCUAUUUU